GGGAAAAGCUUCACUACCAGCUCAGGCCUUUCUAAACAUCAGAGAAUCCACACAGGAGAGAGGCCGUACGAAUGCAGUGAGUGUGGGAAAACCUUCAGUUGCAGUUCGCACCUUAUUAGGCAUGAGAGAAUCCACACAGGGGAGAGGCCCUAUGAAUGCAGUGAGUGUGGAAAAUGCGCCACUAACAUCUCAGACCUUUCCAAACAUCAGAGAAUCCACACGGGGGAGAGGCCCUAUGAAUGCAGUGAGUGUGGGAAAAGCUUCACUAGCAGCUCAGGCCUUUCUGAACAUCAGAGAAUCCACACAGGGGAGAGGCCCUAUGAAUGCAGUGAGUGUGGGAACACCUUCAAUCGCAGUUCGCACCUUAUUAGGCAUCAGAGAAUCCACACAGGGGAGAGGCCCUAUGAAUGCAGUGAGUGUGGGAACACCUUCAGUCGCAGCCUUUCUAAACAUCAGAGAAUCCACACAGGGAAGAGGCCCUAUGAAUGCAGUGAGUGUAGGAAAAUUUUCACUUACAGAUCAGGCCUUUUUCUCCAUCAGAGAAUCCACACAGGAGAGAGGCCCUAUGAAUGCAGUGAGUGUGGGAAAACCUUCAAUCGCAGUUCGCACCUUAUUAGGCAUGAGAGAAUCCACACA